AUGAAUGAAUCUAUAAGUGGAGAUGAUGAUGAUGUAUUUUAUGAUUGUGAGGAGACUUCCAAACACAUAGAUGAACGUAUUUUGUCUCUUUUAUUAUUAUCACAAAAAACUCCUUCUUUAAAUGACAAUGAAAAUGUUGGUAAAAUUACAGUUUCAGAAGUAGAAUCAAAAUAUUUUAUCCAAUCAAAAAAUAAUAAUAAUUCAAAAAAUUCUACUUAUUUAGAAGAAAGAGAAAAUCAAAUACACUCAGAAAAAGGAGAAUCUAUCAAUGAUGAUGAAAAAAAUGUGAAGAAAAAGUUAUUUGGAAAAAUUGUUAAAAAAAAUAGUUUUACAACUAAUAACGAUAUCAAUGUUGAGUAUUCAAAUAACUUUUCUGAUACAGCUUCAAAAAUUCAACAACCAAACAGUAAAACAAGACAUUUAUGCAAAACUGUCAAAAAACACCAAACUUCAAAUGGUAAUAAGCAUUAUAAAGAAGAUGGUUCUCAAAGUCAAGGCUCAAAAAGGAAUUCAAGAAGUAGUAUUUCUUCUCCGUCAAUAAAAAAUGAUGAAAAAACAAAAUAUGGUAAACGUUAUAAAGAAAAUAACUUUGAGGAAGAUAUCUUUAAUGAUAAUAGUAAUUGUAGCAAUCACAAAGAAAACAACUUGUAUAAAGAACUUGGGCCUUUACCAUCAUGGGAUGAAGCGGCAGAACAUGCCGAAAAUGGAAAAGAUGAUGGAAUAGAUUAUAUGGCAUUACUGGAAGAUAAAUUUAAAAAUAAUCCAUCAUCGUAUUAUACUAUACAAUCAUUGAACAUCAAAAAAAUAGAAGGAACAGCAAUUGAUUCUGAAUUUACAUUAACCAAACCAAAGCUUCCAUUCAGGCCAAUUACUAUUUCAACAAGUUUAGAUACAUUUUUAAAAUCUCCUGCAAAAUUAUAUACUAGUAUGAAAAGUCCUUUAUUGAAUCACACACUUUAUACUCCACCUUAUACUCCAAAACUAAAUCAAAAUAUUUUUUUUGAAAGUGUUAUGACAACAGAUCAAAUAAAGAAUUGUAUCUUACGCCAAAUAGAAUAUUAUCUUUCUGAAGAAAAUCUUGUAAAAGAUUUUUUUAUUCUAAAAAACAUAGAUAAAAAUGGAUACAUUUCAUUACCUUUACUGGCUGGUUUCCCAAAAAUAAAAAAAUUAACUAGUGACAUUAAUCUUGUCAUUGAGGCUAUGAAAUCCAGUAUUCUUUUGGAGAUGUCGGAAGAUUACCAAUUCAUUAGAUCAAAGACUAAUAAAAAUAAUAUUUCAACAAUGGAUGGAAAAGAAAAAAUAGUAGAAGAAAUAAAAAAUAUUACCUUGGAAAUAUAA